GACUUUGUUAUCUGUUUCAGGACUCCAAACCCGAAACAAACAUGCCAGCAGAAGCCACCGUCAAAGCGCCCAAGAAGGGCUCCAAGAAAGCCGUGACCAAGACCGCCGCCAAGGGCGGCAAGAAGAGGAGAAAGAGCAGGAAGGAGAGCUACGCCAUCUACGUGUACAAGGUGCUGAAGCAGGUCCACCCCGACACCGGCAUCUCCUCCAAGGCCAUGGGCAUCAUGAACUCGUUUGUGAGCGACAUCUUUGAGCGCAUCGCCGGCGAGGCUUCCCGUCUGGCUCACUACAACAAGCGCUCCACCAUCACUUCCCGCGAGAUCCAGACCGCCGUGAGGCUGCUGCUGCCCGGGGAGCUGGCCAAGCACGCCGUGUCCGAGGGCACCAAGGCCGUCACCAAGUACACCAGCUCCAAGUAAACCUCCCGCUGCUGUAAUCCACCAAACCAACGGCUCUUUUAAGAGCCACACACUUCUUCUUAAAGAGCAACGUUUCAACCAGUCAUGUGUUUAGAAACAAAUGAUCGUUUUUGUCACUUUUAUUUCUUGAAGGUAAACUUUUUAUUUUUAUAGUGGUUAUUGUGUUUAUUUGAAGUUUUCUGCGCUUUUACCCACUACCACCAGUAUACACUUACACCUUUACUAUUUUUGUGGCAACUUUUUACUUAUACUGCUUACUUUUUAACAUGCAUAUCCUACUCUUUACAUUUUACAGAAUUGGCUCAUUACUUUAGUUUCAAACAAUUUCACUGGAGUUACCGUUAUUUUUCAGGUCAUAAAUACUAGUGAUGGGCAUUCCGGCUCUUUUUCGUGAGCCGGCUCGUUUGACUCAGCUCACUGAAAAGAGCCGGCUCUUUUGGCUCACAAACGGCUCUUUAAAAAAAUUAAUGUUUUGACUAUGAUAGGUGUGAAAAACAAUUGUAAUUAAAUUAUUAAAUGAAAUGAAAUGAGACUGCGUUGCUGUGGGCCGCGGAUUAGGCCUACUUGACUGAGUGGAUACAUCUCCACGUGAGGUGCUGGCUCCAGUCGCUCCACCACCGUCACUAGCGGGACCGCAAGUUUCUCGAAGCUCCGCUAGCUUCACAGUUGGGUGCACAGUUCGCAUAUGCCGGUGUAGGUUGUACGUAGAACCGGCUUUAUAUGAGAUUUUGUUUUGGCAAAUUCUACACUGUGCUUUAACAUUGUCUACAUCAUUAAGAUGAUUCCAAAUGCU